CUAAUUUUGUAUAAAAACAACAACAUAACCUGUAAUGUUGUUUUUGUUUACGCUUGUAGUGAAUUGUGUAACAACCAAUUAAUUUGAAUAUUUCUUGUGAAAGUUCAAAUUGUUUUUCUGGUAAUUCUUUCCACAACACUUGAUGGGAUUGGUUAUUCAGUGAACUACCUAAAGUAUUGAUUCUUAAAACCAUGCUCCUAUCUAAGAAGAAGAAUCUUCCAAUUCCAAAUGGUCCAUAUUCUGCAUCAUAUUUAGACUUGAUGACAGAGUAUUCUUCUGAAGGCAUUUUUUUACGUCUACAUUAUCCUACAUCAUCGUCUUCGUCUUUAUCAGAACAAUCAAAGCAAUGGCUGCCCUGGAUUCCUCAUGACAAAUAUAUCAAGGGUUUAGCAUUCGUAGUCGGGAUGUGGACAAUUAUCAUACGUCUUGUAAUGUGGUGGUAUGGAGGCUAUAUGCACAUACCAGCAAUGUAUGAAGCAAAACUUCUACCAAAAUCACAACGCAAGAACAGAAAAUUACCUGUAAUAAUUUUUUCCCACGGUUUUGGAGCAGCAAGAUUUUUAUGUUCAACUCUGCUCACAGAACUAGCAUCUCAAGGAUAUGUUGUUGCUUCUCUUGAACACAGAGACACAUCAUCUUGUGCCACCUACUACUAUCAGAGCCCAGCACACAGGGAUAGAGACGAACGCACAUGGAUACAACAUGUCAGGCUGGAGCUGGGAGUUACACAUUACACUCUCAGGAAUAAACAGUUGAAGUAUAGGAGAGAUGAGUGCAUAAAAGCUCUCGAUUUGUUGGCGGAAAUCAACAACGGCAAUGCUUCUAAGAAUAUUUUAAACACAUCAGUAGAUCUUUCAGAUUUUGAGGGGCAGUUGGACCUGGAUCAAGUGACAAUAAUGGGUCAUUCCUUUGGUGGUGCCACAGCCUUGCUGACUCUCAGUUCAGACUACAGGUUUAAGCAAGGUGUGAUUCUGGAUGGCUGGAUGUUCCCCUUGAAGGAAGAAAAGCUAGAAGUGGCACAACCUCUCUUGUUCAUCAACACUCCCACCUUCCACAUCACCAGCAACUUAACUGUCAUGGAGAGGUUUAUCUCCAGCCCUCCAGGCUCCCAUCGUCAACUCUUCAUCAUCAAAACUUCCAAUCACGAAACACAAACCGACACACCGUUCGUGGUUGGUUAUUGGCUAGACUUAUUUAAGCCGAAAAUAGACCCAAAGCUCGGCAGUUCCAUCAACAACUCUCUCAUCAUCACAUUUUUAAAGUCUUACACAGAUUUGCCAGAUAACAUAUCCAAGGAACUUCAAGUGUUGGAUGAAAAUCGGGAACUGAUAAUUGAAGGCAAGCUGCCAUCUUCGGUCCCUCGUGCUCGUAAACGGUUCAUCACAUUGUUUGCAUAA